AUGUUUGCCCGCUCCACAGUUUGUAAUUUGUUUAUCGUUGCUAAAGUCUGGUACGUGCUCCAGGCUUUGUGUAUGUCUAGAAUAAGCGUUCAAAAGUUUCACCGAGUGUUCGCGAUUUUUGUGUGGGGGUCGGUAUGGGAGCGCACCGGUCGUACAAAUUUGUUCCGCUCUGUGAAAAGUGGCGGGCAAGGCCUGGCUCAUCUAUUUCUGCGGCAAGUGGUGUCAAGAUUUAUGUUCCUGCGGGAUCAGGGGGAUCCUUUUCUGCGGACUGUAUUACAAGUUAGGCUCCGUAAGGCACUGUCUGAGUUUGUUGUGUCCUCGAGUGAUGUCAGAUGUACGCGGGUUCGAGGUUUCCUGCGCGAAGUGAUUUUGGCUUUCCAUUUUCUCAAGGUUCGAUUUUCGUUGGAGUACUUAAGCGAAGUUACACGAAAGCGCCUGUACAAAGACUUAGUCGAGGUGGUCUUCCCUGUGCCUUUGUAUCGGUCUCUUUUCUGUGAGGGCCCGGGCGAGGAUGUCCUUAAAAGAGUUAAACGGAUGCCAGUAAGGCCAGCCGUGAAGUCUUUCCUUUUUCAGCUGCACACCGGCACGCUUCCCGUUAAGCCAUGGCUUGAAGAAAAAGGCAUUUUUGUUCCUUGGUCGAUUAACUGCCUCUUGUGCCGGAAACCCGAGACUAUCGAUCAUAUUUUCUUGGAUUGCUGGGAUGCGGUAUUCCACUGGGACAUUAUGCAGCGUACUUUAAAAAAGAGUCUCCCAGUGUCAUCCUAUGGCAUCCGUUUUUUUCCCGUAGAAAAUGAAGGGGGCGUUCCCUACGACAUGUUUAUGGCCUUGGCCCUGCACAGCAUGUGGAAAUCGAGGAUGGCUGUGCGACACGCUGACGUCGAUGCUCGCCCCGUGCGGGAUUACUUUAUAGAGCAUAUUGUUCACUUAAGAGAAUUGUACAGAGCACAGAGUGAACAGCCUGACUGGAUUCCAGUGUUAGACAGUCUUGUCGCCCUGAGAGUCUUUUAAACCAUGUGCGCCGGCUAGGCCGAGCCGGAUGCUU